CUCUUGUGGUUUCUUAUUGACAACGGAAAAAUUAGAAGCUCAGUGAAAAGGCCUUCUCUCUGUCCUGUCUGUAAGCUGCCUUGAAACAGAGGAUCCCACUGCUGCUCUUUCUAAAACCCAAAGGUUCUCAGAGCAUCUCUGUGCAAUGGCUAUGGUGUGUCUGUUGGACUUUGAAGCUUAUGCUGAAAAAUAUUUACCUAAGAUUGCUUGGGAUUUCUUUGCAGCAGGAGCAGAUGAGUGUAGCACCCGAGAUGAAAACAUCCUGGCAUAUAAAAGGAUUCGUUUUCGGCCACGUAUGCUGCGAGAUGUAUCUAAGCUGGACACUAGGACUAAAAUCCUGGGGACUGAAAUCAGCUUUCCAGUAGGAAUCGCCCCAACUGGCUUCCACCAACUGGCAUGGCCUGAUGGAGAGAAAAGCACAGCCAGAGCGGCCAAAGCGAUGGGCACCUGUUACAUUGCCAGCACCUACUCUACUUGCUCACUGGAAGAGAUCGCUGCAGCUGCUCCUGGUGGCUUUCGGUGGUUCCAGCUCUACAUCCACCGCAACAGGGCAGUCUCUAGGCAAUUGGUCCAACAGGCAGAGGCCUUGGGCUUCCAGGGCCUCGUCCUCACUGUGGAUCUUCCCUACACUGGCAAAAGGCGCAACGAUGUCCGUAAUGGCUUCCAACUUCCUCCCCACAUGAAACUGAAGAACUUGGAGGGAGCCUUUGAGGGAGAUGACCGAUCUGAGUACGGACUGCCACCCAACAGCCUGGAUCCUUCAGUCACCUGGAAUGAUAUCUACUGGCUGCGGAGCCUGACUCACCUGCCCAUUAUCAUCAAAGGGAUCUUGACAAAAGAAGAUGCAGAGCUUGCAGUGAGGCAUGGAGUUCAGGGAAUUAUCGUGUCCAACCAUGGUGGAAGGCAACUGGAUGGAGCACCUGCGACUAUAGAUGCUCUGGUUGAAGUUGUGGAAGCAGUACGAGACCGAGUUGAAGUUUAUUUAGAUGGUGGCAUACGAAAAGGAAGUGACGUAUUGAAAGCACUGGCACUGGGAGCAAAAUGUGUCUUUAUUGGAAGACCAGCUUUAUGGGGUCUAGCUUACAAGGGUGAAGAAGGUCUUCAGGAUGUUCUGAGGAUUCUGCAUGAUGAGUUUCGUUUGUCAAUGGCCUUAGCUGGCUGUGCCAGCAUCUCAGAAAUUGGCCAAGACCUGGUUCAGUUUUCAAAGCUGUGAACAAUCUCCUGCAACACCUGAGCAUAAGAAGACAAUGGCUGAGGUUCCACAACAGACUGAAGAGAGACAAAGAAGUGAAAAUGUUGAAUAUAUAACAUCUGAGAAGGACUUCAGGAAACUCUUGAGGCAAUUAGAAAAAGCUCUGUAUUAGAAGCAAUCACUGUUUGCUUUUUUGAGACCAAUGAGUUCUUCAACACUUCAGAUAGAGGAUACUUGCUUAAAUACAUAUAAUUUAAACUGAUUAUUCCCUGACAUUACCUGUGUUGAGCAUUACUCCCAAAAUCAGCUCUGUCUGGCAGCCAGAUUGCAAUCUGACUGCAGCUCAAGCUACAUCUCUACCCAAGGCAGUAUUGUCUCUUCCAUUGCCUUGGCAUUCCUGAAUGAAUUCAUAGCAGGUACAGAAGCUAGAUAAAUCAGAUAACAGGCACCAUAUCUCCCCUUUGAGCUGAAGUAGAUAUUGUCUUCUUCUGAAUGCAGAGAAACCAAGUGAUUAGUGACCAAAGCAAUGGGCUCUACUCCCUGUGGAGUGCAUCUCCUCCUGCAGAUGGUAAAUGUGGUCUGUACAAUCAUCAGAACAGUGGUCAGGAUUCACACAUCUUCCAAGUACAGCAUAAAUUUGUGGCAGUGCCUAAAUGGAUCAGAUAUUCCUGCCUUCCUGGUCUCUUUGUCCAUGGAUGAGUUAUUGCAGAUAGGUAGGAGCUGCUAGUACCACAUCAGCACUACACGCUUUGCAGUUCCAGACCUGCUGCCAUGCGAGCAGCAUACACCUCUGUCACUGAGAUGUAUCUUGCCUUCCCAUGAGGAAGCACAUCUUUGCCUGUGUCACCCACUGGACAUCACUGCUGGUGUUGGCUCCAUGACAAUAACUAGGAGUUUUGUUUGCUUUCUCUUAGUUCUCUUUCACCUGAAUAUUUCCUUUUCAGUCUCAUUCCUUGGAACACAGCCUUUGGUGACACCACUGAGACUUUCUUUUCCCUCUCUUCCUCAUUCCAUCUCCUUUCAUCAUCUCACUGCCCCUGCCCAUCCCCCUCUUACAUUAUUUUUCUUCAGAAAUAUUUCAGUUCUCACCUAGGCUACUAUUUUUAUAUAUCCCCAGACACCACAACCUCCCAAUCUCACAGAGCUUUGCAGAUCUCUGAGAAGUGGCCACAACCUCCUCUCUCCAAACUCCUGAAGUUGGCUGCUAUCUCCUGCUAAUGUCUGACUCAGUGCUUCCAGUCUGUUUUUGCCAUCCCAUGUGUACAUUCCCACCGGGCUCUUGUAGAGUUGUUUGCAUGUUUCAUUUUUAUACAUAGCAGUGGAACUUAUUUUUGUGCUAUUUGUAAUUAGCUUUAGUCACUGGAGUGCCAAGGAGGUGAUUUUUACCAUUUUUCUUUUCCAAAUACUCCAGCUGCAAAAUACUACCACUAAAAAUGCAUUUGAGCUCUUAUGUCUACGAGGAGCUUAACAAUAAUUAAUCUUUGUAUUAUGCUGUCCAAAUACAGCCAUAAACAGAAUUCAUCUAAAAUAGCUGAAAUUCCUGUGUAGACUUUUGGCUUUUCCUAUAAAUGUAUUGUGAUGUUGUGCAAAUCUUCUCAGGCUUAAUCAAGUCUUCUAAAUAAGCUUAGGCAAACUACAUAGGAAAGCUGAUAAUGUGUUUCAUCUUUAAAAAUGCAAUGGGAUCUUAAAAAUAUCUGCUAAGACACCUGAUUCCUUGCUUGCUCUGUCUGAAGGAAAUUUUAAGGCCAAACUGCCACUGUUGUUUUUUUUGUUUGACCGAAGUAUGCUGAGGAUGCCAACUGUCAUUUACUGCCAGAGGGAUGCCAAGACUCUAAGUACAUACUCUGUUACAUACACCUCCCAUUUUUCCCAUGCACACAAGGAUCCAUUUCUUGUACACCUGCAGCUAUUUUCUUCUUUCUCCUCUCUGCUAAUCCCCUGGUUUUGCAAGAAUAGGAAGGACUGAGUCAUGCCAAGAAGGACUCAGCUAAUGUGAAGAUAAAUAAAUCUAGAAUUGCUGCCCAAGUGUCCACCACCCAGCUGGUGCCUCAACCUGCAAGACUCAAAAAAACCCACUAGUCAAGAACACCGAGUAAUGAUGGAAUGCUGGACCCACAUCAUUUUUGUGCAGCUCUUUUUUAAGACACCAAGAAGACUUCAGGGCUGUAUGUAUCCUGUCCCCUGCCAUCCCCUCCCCUCCACAGUCAAGGUGAUUUUGAGAACUGAGGAGUAUCAUCAACCAAGACUGUAACACCACUGCUACUUCUUUUAUGUACAAAUACAGGUUUAAGGAGGAGGGAAGAUUUUCCUUGUCAAGCUUGUGCCAGUGUCACAAGACAGUGACUAGCAAAGGAAAAAGAUCUGAGUGCUCCAACUGUACUCACCCAUAGUGCCAUGGGCACCAGUUUAUUCUAAUGGGGUGCAGAGGAGUUGACAAUCAGAGUUGGUCACGUACCUCCAGUUCACAGCAUUGAGCUGUGCGGCUGGUAGCGGUCACAUUGCCCUCUUCCCUUGGAGCCAAGAUACCAAGAAGAGAUUUGAGUACGCCCUACUUCAAAAUGUGCUUACAAAGACAGAAAAGAGAUGUUGAUUCAUACUGUUUAGGCUCCAAUUUCUCACAGAGAUAAAUGUGGCUGCAGUAAUUUUGCAGAGGCCUUCACAUGGAGACCUUUCUCUCUAUUCCAGAAAUAACAAACCUUGUGGGCAGAAUCACAUGCAGGCAGAUAAGACUCAUGAAUAAUAACAUCCCUUUGAAGGACUUCAAGGCUGUACAAGAAGAGACCACAUGGACUGAGUUUAUUAAUCUUAGCUUUAGAAGGUCAAAGCUGAUGGAGGGGAUCUUUCUGUUGCCUUUUACUACACAAGUGUGGGGACACAGAAUCUGCAGCCUCGUUUCUUGUGUGUGCACAGAAAAAGGGUGUAGCAGAAAUGGGUAGUCAUACCAUUUACAAGAAUGUUUAUCUACAAAUGGAUUCAAAUUGAACAUUUUCCUCUGGCAUAUUGUUGUAAAUUUCUGUGACCCUUAUAUAUGUAAUUCACCCAUCAAUUUUACUUGAAGAAACACACUUUUACCUAAAAUUAAAGGGAAAAUGAGACUAAAUGUUAA